AUGGAUUACUCCUACCUGAACUCCUAUGACUCGUGCAUGGCUGCCAUGGAAGCAUCGGCCUACGCGGACUUCAGCUCGUGCAGCCAGGCCAGUUCGUUCCAGUACAACCCCAUCCGCAGCGGACCUUUCUCCAACCCGGCCUGCGCACCGCUCAGCACGGCUAGUUGCACCCUGGGGGCCCUGAGGGACCACCAGCCCACGCCGUACUCCUCAGUCCCUUACAAGUUCUUCUCGGAUCCUUCGGGCCUGAACGAGAAGCGGAAGCAAAGGCGCAUCCGGACCACAUUCACCAGUUCCCAGCUAAAGGAGCUGGAGAGGGUCUUCGCCGAGACUCACUAUCCGGACAUUUACACCCGAGAGGAGCUGGCUCUGAAGAUAGAUCUGACAGAGGCCAGAGUACAGGUGAGAAGAACAGUAUCCAACACCGGUGUGUGUGUGUGUGUGUACCAGGUGUGGUUUCAGAACAGGCGCGCCAAGUUCCGCAAGCAGGAGCGUGCCGCCAACGCCAAAGCCAACGGGGGCACAGGGGCCACCACGAGCACCACAGGCUCGGCGGGGAAGAAAGGCGGCGAAACGAGAUCUUCGUCGGACGACGAUGAGUCCAAAGAGUCCACUUGCAGCCCCACGCCCGACAGCACGGCCUCGCUUCCGGGCUCCGCCAAUGGGAACUUGGGCAGUCCCUCAAGCUUGAGCCCCAGCCCGGCUCCGACCAACGGCGGUUACGUCAACACCUCCGCCGGAUCUCCGGUCUUGCAGGGGCUGAAGGCGGCCAGCUGGUCCGGCCUGGGGCCGUCCAACCCGGCCGUGGCCCAGCCCGCCGUCCAGACUCAGGAGAUUCUGAAGGCCUGGCAGCCGGCGGACAGUAUGACGGGGCCUUUUGCUGGAGUCCUGUCCUCCUUCCACAGAAAACCCAACGGCGCCAUCAAGACGAACCUGUUCUGA